UGCAUUCGCUGCAAUUGCCUCUCUCAAUUUAAACCCAUUUCCAAAACUCAACUCUCUCUGUCUCUAAACCUCCCUAUUCUGCCGUCUUCUUCCCCUUGAGACAAGACUUUCCUCUGUUCCAUUACUCUGUUUUACUCUGUUUCUGUUUAAGGAUUUGGUUUUGGUUCUUAGGACAUUAGAGAGAGUUUGUCUUGGGAAAGGAAUUAUGGGUUUUGUCUUCUCGACGGUUAAGAUGGUCUCUGUUCUGGUUUUCAGUUUUGUGGCUUUGAAUUGCCUCGUUGAGUUUGGAUCAUAUGCACAACUGUUGCCGGAAGCAGAAGAAUUUGAUGGAAAUGAGAAGAAAGUUUAUGGCUUCCGUUAAGUGUUUUUCAUUGCACUAAAAAUCUAAAUUCUUGGUGUACUACUUCUUUAACAUUUUCCUUUUGUUUGUAAUGGUUAGUUGUUUGAAAUUCUCUGUUUGGUUGCCUUGAAUCUCCAGGAAAAAAGGAAGAAAGUUUGAUUCUAAAGUCUUAACCAAUUAUUUUCGCUGUUCAAGUUGAUGAGCGUUUUAGAAUUCUCUUGCUUGAUCUUGAUGAGCUAAGUUUAAUGUUGUUUGGCUGAUGAGAAAUUGUGGCAAAUGUAAAGAUACAAAAUUCCUGGGCCUUCGCAAGUACAGUGCUUUGAAAACUAUUGAAAAUGAAGUUUCAUUAAAAAACUAAAAUUCACAAUCAGUUUGUACCCUGAAACUAUUGAAAUGAAGGGUUCUUUUCUCAGGACAAGAAAGGAUUUCUUUUCUCCUUUUUUUUUCUCGGCAACCAAACAGGGGAUUAGCACAGUUACUUCUUUUAGAUAUUUUAAUUGCUUACUUCAAGGAUGAAGUGAAAAUUUUUUUCUUUUUUUUUUUUUUUUUUGCAUAAUAAGUUUCCUUGGAUCUUGAUUCCCCUUCUCAGUUCUUAUGCUAUUUUCACAAUUCUUCACUGCUUGUUGCAACAUCACUUUCAUAGGUUUCAUUUUCUUAAUAAAUCGGUAAUUUUCAC